AGAAUCUUCUGUUUGAUUUCACGUGGGGGAAGGGGGUCAGAAGAUGCGUUCAAAGAAGCCCGUGUGGCUGCUGUUCAAGGUGCUCGAAUUGGUGCUGAGUUUUUGCUGCUGCUACAUUCACUGGCGUUGCUUCCAGGACGAAGGCAUACCGCACAUAUUCCUGCUGUGCGCCACCUACGGCGGCUCCUCCAUCAUCUGCCUGCUGGCCAUCAUCGGGAUGUUCUAUGCCGAGAAGCCGACAAUGCAGCUGGAGUCCGCCUUCAGCGGACUCUUUGGCACCCUGCAUCUAGUCACCAUCUUUGUUCACAUGUAUCUGGCGCUGCACGGCAACAAGCUGCUGUACCUGAAGAGUCAGGGGGCGAACUGGCAUGGCUACUAUAUCUGCUGCCGGGACAAUGCCACGGUGGCGCUGUACGCAACUGCCGUUUACUACCUACAUUGCGCCUUUGCUCUGGACCUGAUGUUGACACACAGGAGGACCAAAUUUGUGGAGUGCCCGGACGGGACUGUGCGGAAACAGCCGAAGCAUCCGCGGCGCAGCAUGCGUCCGCUCAAGCUCUAUUUCAUCAGUAAAGGCGUUGACAACUAUCUGAAUCGCUUCCGUUGGUUUCACCUGCUCACGGCGAACAUGCUGAUGAGCACUCAGCCAUCCCAGAAGACGCUGGAUGUGUCCUCCAAUUCAAACGAGGCAUUUGAAUUGACACCGCAACUGAAUAUUAACUGAUGUGUUUUACUAGUUUUAUUUGCAAGAAAUUACAUUUUUAAAUUUACAACGGCGGUUAUCGUGCACCCCUGGCUGCAAUCAGCUGUUUUUGGCCCUAAUACAACACUAGUCUUCUGAACCGCGCACUUUGACAGCUGUUCGUUUUGAUUCUUGCGGUAUUUUGAAGUU